AAAAAAUUGUUAGUUUAGAUUGGAAAGACAUCACAUUAUGGAGAAUAUCUCCUUCCAUGCUUUCUAAUUCAGCAAUGUAUUUAUUUUUUGGCAGGAAGUGAGCUCUAAGUCUAUGAAUGCAAUACAGACCUUCUGCAAGUGACGGUGUUUUUAGCAUUUCUCAGUCUCCUCUUCAUUUUCAGAUCCGUCGUUAUCAAUUUGCAGUGGAUCUCCUUCUGCAUCAACAAUGGAACUGACAAUUUCCUCAUCAGUCCAAUUGCCAUAGCAUGCAAUGUCGUCAUCACAUACAAUUAGGGAGUUCACAAGUCGUACUAUUUGUCGUAUUUGGUCUAUUGCGCUAUUGUAAUACAACAGUUGUAAAAGUUUUGUUUUUGUUUCGCAAGUAAAAUUUUAAUAUCACAAUACAACUCUGAAAGGUAUGUUUGCCUUGCUAUUUGUGGAUGCUAUUCGAUCAGCUGUUUCUAUUUACAUUCUGAUUUUGUUAAUUUGUCUGCAGGCUAUUAGUUAAAAUAAUUAGAAACAAAAAUGGCAUCACCCCGAGAUAAUGACGUAAGUAUUCUUGAAUUAGAAGAAAUAUAUGUAAACAUGUAUUACUAAAGAACCUUUUUUUAAUUUUAGGUCAAAGCCAAGCGCAUCCGUUGCAACCCAACCCGUAGAUGGGCGGCAGCAGAAGAGAAGUCUCUAAUUGAGUUUCUGUUGGAAAAUCGGCAACUUGAGGUUUGUUUUUAUUUCUUGAAAUAUUAAAUUUAAUAAUUUGGAAACAUAUUUAACAGAAGCCGUCCGCUCAAGCUUACUAUAAGCAAUUCUGCAUGGCAAAAAAUCUAUCCAUGUAGUGGAAGCAUGUGCGUUCUAAAGCGCGGAACAUGAGAGUGAGCUACAACAAAGCGAAGACAUGGGAAGGCUCGAGGGGAGCAGGUAGCAUGAGUGGCGAAACUAUUAAAAGUACUCUACUAAAAAUGUGCACUUUUUUUUACGAGCUCGAAGACAUUUUUGGGAGCAGAGUUAGUGAAUGUGCCGCAAUCGAAGAUACGAUGACCGCUGAGUAUUUGGAUUUUGAAGGUGCUGUAGAAACUCAGAUAGCAGUACCGAUUGAAGAACCGGAGAGCUCCCAAGGCCCAGAUUGUGUGUUACAUUUAAAUGGUAACGAAAGUUCUGCCGAAAUUAGUUGUACGCCAAGUACGAACCGUAAGGGCAUAUACAGCAGAACGGGGGUUCCGGAAAUAAUGAAACUCCAAGCUGAAGUCAUUAGUUCCAAGAAAGAAAAACUAGAAGCAGAAUUGGCAGCAAGAGACAGGGAGUUAGUUAUAAGGGAAAGAGAAUUGGUGUUAAAAGAAAAGAAUUUUGAUUUGAAAGAAAGGAAUUUUAAAAGCGAAGAAAAGCUGAAAGUUCUUGAGCUCGAAAUGAAAGAGCGAUUAGCUAUGGAAGAGCUUAAGCUUAAAUAUAAACAAUUAUUUUAACGUAACUUAAAUGAUUUAAGGUAAUAUAGUGGCGAGCACAAAUGAGUAUAUGUAUAGUGAUUUUUCUUACAAUAUUCGCAAUGCUUUUCAUGAUAAAUUUUUUCAUAAAUUUUUUAAACGAAUUAGUUCAAAAAGCAUAUAAAUCAAAAUUUCAAACAUUUUACAACAUUUAUAAAAAUCCAACAAACUCCCAUAUGAACUUUUAAGAAAUUUUUGAGUAAGUUACAAAUCCGUCAGCAAAAAAUGAUCUAAAAUCAACGGAAAUUUUAAGGCACUUGAAACUUGGCAUAAUAAUCUAAAAUAAAAUUUGUAACUUACUCGAAAAUUUCUUAAAAGUUCAUAUGGGAGUUUGUUGGAUUUUU